AUGGUUUCACACACGGAGGAUUAUGCCUACACUACCACCCCGCGAGAGGUGCCCAGUGCAGAAACCCUUGCCAAUAAUAAAAACACAAUCUAUACCGACCACGUGAUUGUUGCGUCUUGGAAUGUCGAGAGCGGCUGGUCUGUCCCGGAGCUCAAACCCUACGGUCCUUUCAGCCUUCUUCCCAGUGCAUCUUGCCUCCACUAUGCCUACGAAUGUUUCGAAGGGCUCAAGGACUACUGUGGUGAUGAUGGCAAGCUACGAAUGUUUCGAACCGACCGUAAUUCCCACCGCCUUCUGAUGUCCGCCGAGUGGAUUUCCCUCGAUCAUGAGUUUCCGCCAGAGAUCGCUGCACAAGUUACACAUAGUGUCCCACCAUACAUGCUCGACUUCGAAUCGCGAUCUUUUGUGCCUUUCUCUGCCACGAACGGAGCUGUGAAUGAUCACCUUUUCCAAAUGCUGUCUCGUGCCAGUUUCCUGAAUGCGGCAGGAGAACCUCAGACGCUGCCGGAAUCUCUAGACCCAGAGCUACAACCGGCUCAAGAAGAUAAUUUGCAGUCUUACAUGGAAGUGCUCACUGGAAGACAACCAUGA